AUGAUACUACUACAACAUAUUAAACCAUUAUGCCGAAACAAACGUCUAAUACAGUCAAUACGAGACUACCGAGUUAUGGCUAUCGAGUCUUCUUGUGAUGACUCCUGUGUUGCCUUGCUUGAAAAAUCCCCAUCGGAAAAACAACCAAUAAUUAUAGAUCAAUUUAAGAAAACCCUACAUUCAGCAGAUAUUGGAGGCAUAAUGCCAACAGCAGCAUAUAAUUAUCAUAUGGCAACAAUGGCCAAAAUGGUUCGAGAGUUUUGUUCUAAACAUGGUAUAUCAUCUUUAAAUCCACCUGAUCUACUUUGUGUCACCAGAGGCCCAGGUAUGCCAGGAUCUUUAAGUGCUUCAACUGAAUUUGCUAAAGGAUUAUCUGUUGCAUGGAAUGUUCCUUUAAUUGGCGUUCAUCAUAUGUUGGGUCAUUUAUUAACGGCUAAUUUACCAAAGAAAGAUCAACCAAAUUCACCACCUCCACAAUAUCCAUUCUUGAGUUUGUUAUGUAGUGGAGGUCAUACAAUGUUGGUGUUGCUGAAGUCAUUAACUGAACAUGAAAUUAUCAUUAAUGUUUGUGAUAUAGCAGUGGGGGAUUCAUUAGAUAAAUGUGCCCGUGAAUUAGGAAUGUAUGGAAAUAUGUUGGGUAAAGAGUUGGAAAAGUAUAUCGAUGCCAUACCAUUUGAAGAAAAACAAGAGUUUGAUAACAUGAACGUGGAUACAAGAAUAUCCAACGAGUUGAAGUUUAGAUUGACAUUACCGUUUGGUGCACCAAAACAUGGUAUUUCCGAAGACAUCAAGUUUGCAUUUGCUCAUUUUUUAAGUAAUAUUCAAGAGUAUAAGGCAAAUUAUUAUCCUGGUGGGGAUAAACUUGAUGAAAGAACGAAAAAAUUCAUUGCAUAUAAAACACAAGAGUUUGUGUUUGAUCAUAUAGUAGAUCGAAUCAAUAUUUCAUUCAAGAAGCAUGGACUUUGUCAUAGAAAUAGUGAUGGAAUUUUGAUUGGAGUUAAAGACUUUAUAUGUUCCGGAGGUGUUGCAACCAAUAAGAGAUUGAGAGAAAAAUUACUGACCAAUUUAAAGAUUGAAGAAUUAGGUACUGAUAAAAUUAAUUUCCAUUUCCCAGAUUUAUCAUUAUGUACCGAUAAUGCAAUCAUGAUCGGUGCUGCAGGAAUUGAAAUAUUUGAACAGUUGAGGUUGAAAACUGAUCUUGGAUUUACUCCUAUUAAAAAAUGGCCAUUAGAUAAUUUACUAGAUGUUCCAGGAUGGGAGAAGAUAGACGAUGAGGAAUAUAAUAGAAUCUGUAAAUAG